AUGGUUUCUUUGGGAGCAACUCUAUGUUUAGUCCUAGGUGUUGUGAGCUGCUCCAUUACCACUAAUUAUUACCAAGAAUUAAUAAACCAAGAAACCAAGAAAGCGUUGUCGUACGACUUACCCAAAAAUAAUGAAGAAUUCAAAGAAGGUGUUGAAGCUCAGACAAUUGUAGAAUAUGGCGAAUAUGAUGUGGUUAUAGUGGGAGCAGGUUCAGCUGGGUGUGUUUUAGCCACAAGACUAUCAGAAAUUGAAAACCUUAGUAUCUUAUUAUUGGAAGCUGGGGAUGAAGAAAAUGACUUCAAUCAAAUACCUGCCAUGUUUUUGUAUCAUCAAUUCAGUGAUAUCAAUUGGGGUUAUUACACCACGCCACAAAAAUAUUCCUGUCUCGGGACGAAUAACAGACAAUGUAUAAUUCCCAGAGGAAAGGUAAUCGGUGGUAGUAGUGCUAUCAACGCUUUGAUCUAUGCUAGAGGUGGGUGCAAUUACUACAACAAAUGGACUGCUUUAGGAAAUCGUGGAUGGUCUUGCAAAGACGUUCUUCCUUAUUUUAAAAAAUCCGAGAACUCGCAAAUCCAUGGCGAUGAAGGUUACCACGGAAAAAAAGGGUUCUGGAAUGUUGAAUAUUCCCUUCCGUCUUCUGUACUAUUUAACAACUACAUCAACGGUGGUUUACAAAUUAACCAACGGGUUGUUGAUUACAACGGGGUAAAUCAAUUUGGGGCAGCCAAAGUACAGUCUAGUAUCAAAAGGGGUAAAAGACAAAGUCUUGGAACCGCGUUUCUGGCCAAUGCUCGCAAACGUAGUAACCUUAAAGUUGUAACCAAAGCGCUGGUAACAAAAAUCAUCAUAGAUCAACAAUCUAGAGUCACAAAGGGAGUAGAAUUUGUAACCACGAAUCAAAAAUUUCAUGUCCGUGCUAAAAAAGAAGUACUUGUUUCCGCUGGUGCUAUUAACACACCACAGUUACUAAUGUUGUCUGGAAUAGGCCCGAAAAAUCACUUAAAAGACAUGAAAAUUCCAGUAAUCGCGGAUCUACCGGUUGGAGAAAAUCUUAUAGAACAUCCACUGUUUAACGUUGUAGUUCGCACAAAUUACACUCUACCUGACACCAAUAUGGAUGAUUUAGUUGAAUUAUAUUUACAAGGUUUUGGUCCUUUAACGAAAGCACUAGGUGUUGACGGGAUAGGUUUCCCAAACACAGACAACAGACGUCAAGAAACACCCUCAAUAGAGUUGCUUUUCUCACCACCCUUUGACAUCGAUCGAACUAUAUUCCAAAGAGCUAUGAAUUUCAACGCCACGAUUGGUGACACAUUCAUCAAAAAAAUUAACCCCAAAAGCGACUUAAGCAUUUUUGUAAUAUUGUUAAACGAAAAAUCCAGAGGCCGAAUUUGGUUGAAGUCAAACAGUCCGAUUGACUUUCCCAACAUUGAUUUAAACAUGUUUGAGAAACAAGAAGACGUAGAUAGUUUGAUUGAGGGGUUGCAGUAUGCAUUCAAUCUCACAAAAACGGAAGCUUUCGAAAAAUUAAAUGUCACGCUUCUUGAAGUACCAAUAUGUACCAAUUUCGACAAGGAUUCGAACGGGUAUUUGGAAUGUUUAAUUCGUAACGUGGCUGUCACCAUUUACCAUCCCUGUGGAACGGCAGCAAUGGGACCAGACGGGGAAAAGUUCGUGCUCGAUGAUACUUUGCGAGUGCACGGAAUCAAAAAUUUGAGGGUGGUUGACGCGUCUGUUUUUCCGCUACCGGUACCGGGACACACAAACGCUGUCGCUGUGAUGGUGGCCGAAAAGGCCGCCGAUUUAAUCAAAAGAAAAUUGUGUUGUUAA